AUCCCCGAUGCCGGUGUUGUCUGUCUAUGUGACGUAUUACAGACACCAACAUGUAAACUUACCACACUUCAUCUAAGUGGAAGUCAGAUCACCGUUGCUGGUGUUGUCAGUCUCUGUGAAGUAUUACAGACACCAACAUGUAAACUCACCACACUUCAUCUGCAUGGAAAUCAGAUCACCGAUGCCGGUGUUGUUAGUCUAUGUGAAGUAUUACAGGCACCAACAUGUAAACUCACCACACUUCAUCUGAUAGCAAAUAAGAUCACCGAUGCCGGUGUUGUCAGUCUAUGUCAAGCAUUACAGACACAUGUAAACUCGCCAUACUUGAUCUGA